AUGGACGACAGCGACCCGCCGCCGGCGUCGGGUUCCGAACCAGCGGCCGUGCAGCUGGCGGCAGCGCGCAGCCGUUUUAACAUGCAGGCUUUUACAAAAUACACUUACACUGAGCGAGAUGUCCUGGGUGUCUUCUGCUCUGAGCCCGCGACGCGACGUCUGGCGCGGGUGGCGUCGCCCAAAUUGCGGCGGCGAGGGCAGCAGCGAAGGCACGCGCGACGGGAAGCGACGCAAAUUAAGGAGAACGUUAAUCAGACAGCCUCCAGUCUUGAGGAGAGAGGACUUUCGACCAGACUCACGGGCCGCGAAGUGGCAACAUUAACAGAAACAUCUCAUAAGAACCAUAGUCACAUGAUGGAAGAUAUACAAGUGUGUACAGUUAAUAAUAAAGUAUACAGUACUUUAACGGUGAUUGCUUCACAAGGGUCGCAGACUAAAGUCCGCAGCAGCAGCUUUGAAAGCAGCAUGCGGUGAAGAUGUGCGAAAGGAAUGCAACUGAAAAUGUAGAAUUUGUAUUAAGCAGGCAUUUUAACAUUGUAUAAAAAGUUAGUUGCAGGUUUCGAAAUCCAAACUCGUCUUGUUAAUUUUAAUACGAUAAUUUUGAGUAAAUGGACUUCGUUAAGAAUAUUUGUUAUUUUAAGAAAUUAAGUCACGCUAAAUCUUGACAUUCAAAACGUAUUAACGUAAUGUAACUGGAAAAAAGUAGAAGCGUUAAUAAAUCUGAAACUGCUCGAAACUAAUAUUUAUGUACCUGGUUCACGAGUUUGGUUAUAAAAAUUGUUUGUGAAAAGAUUCAAUAUGUAAAAAAUUGUAUAUUUCGAGUUCUGUGGUAAAUUUCAGUAUUUUCUGAUGAUUUGUAAUUAACUUUCGUAAAACUCGAGCACACAAUUGUGUAAGAGCAUUGUAAAAUGGUUUAAUAAAUAUAUUACG